ACGUACGUCGCAAAUGUGUGCAAGUCCUUCUGUUAAUCUAGCAUGUACCAAUAUACCCACGUUAUCAGUCGUUAUCAAAAACCACUGUUAUAUAGUUUAAUCGCAUUUUAUUUAGUAGUAACAGGGACCACGACCCGACAACAUGGCAGAAGAACCACAGAUUAUCACCGCUUUGAGGAUAUUUUUCGAAAUAAUUUGGACCAUAAUCCGUGUCGAUGUAGAAAUUAUCAAGACUGUGUUCAGAUUCCUGAUCCCUCCGGAGUCUAAGGAUGUCAACGAUGAUAUUAUUUUGAUCACCGGUGCAGGCCAUGGCAUGGGACGGGAAGUGGCUCUGCGCUUCGCCAGGUUGGGAGCCAAGAUAGUCUGUGUGGACAUCAACCCUCAGGGUAAUGAGGAAACUGUCUCCAUGAUCAAGCAGGAGAAGGGGCAGGCCUAUCCUUAUGUAUGUGACGUCACAGACAGAACUGCGGUCCUAGCGCUAGCUGAGAAGGUGGAACGCGAAGUGGGAGUGGUGACCAUCCUCAUCAACAACGCUGGUAUCAUGCCCUGCAAGCCGGUGCUCAAGCAUUCAGAGAAGGAGAUCAAGACUCUUGUGGAUAUUAAUGUCAAUGGGAAUCUUUGGAUGAUCCAAGCGUUCUUACCUGCGAUGUUAGAACGCAACUACGGUCACAUCGUCGCCAUGUCUUCCAUGGCCGGUAAGAUGGGUCUCCGCAACCUGGUCCCGUACUGCGGCACCAAGUAUGCCGUCAGAGGCAUCAUGGAGGCUCUCGCUGUUGAGCUGCAUGAAGACCCCAGGGAUACUAAUGGGAUCAAACUAACAACAAUCUGCCCAUACAUCGUAAACACCGGCCUCUGCCACAACCCUCGCAUUCGCUUCGAAGGCCUCAUGAAGACGGUGGAUCCCGGUGAUGCUGCUGACCAGAUCGUUGAUGCUAUCCGCAAGGAGUACCAUGAGAUUACCAUUCCUAGUGACUUGUAUUACACGAAUAAGAUUUUCGGCCUGUUCCCGCCAGCAGGAGCCAAGAUCCUAACAGACUUCGUUGGAACCGGUUUGGAUCCCCACGAAUAAAACAUGACAUUUUUUAUUUAUUUUUUAUACAUAAUAAAAUUCUAAUGACUUUGUUGAUUUCGUAA